AUAACCACUAUCAUUAUAUUUAUACAACGUAAAAGUUUUCUGUGAUCACUAGGUAGGUCCUAGGUACCUACUUUAUAUUUCUUAAUUCUGACUUAUGUCAAUUAUCAUUGUCUGUCUGUGUAUUUUGUCAAUUGUCUUAAAAAGUGUUUAUCAGAAUGGAUCAGCUAAGAUUCGACGGCCGCGUUGCGGUAGUUACGGGUGCCGGUGGUGGCUUAGGAAAGGCUUAUGCCUUACUUCUCGGCUCAAGGGGUGCUAAAGUGGUGGUGAACGAUCUUGGAAGCGCAAGAGACGGUGUUGGGAAAUCUAAUUUUGCAGAUGCUGUUGUCAAGGAAAUUAAGGACAAAGGCGGAGAAGCAGUUGCUGAUUACAAUUCAGUUGUCGAAGGCGAGAAGAUAAUUAAGACGGCUCUUGAUAAGUUCGGUCGUAUUGAUAUCCUUAUCAACAAUGCUGGCAUUCUACGUGAUAAGAGCUUCCAAAAGAUGUCCGAUCAGGAUUGGGAUUUGGUGCACGCAGUCCAUCUUAAGGGUGCGUUCAAGACAACACAAGCUGCAUGGGAAACGUUCAAGAAACAGAAGUUCGGUCGUGUCAUCAUGACCUCGAGUAACGCUGGUCUGCUCGGAAACUUUGGACAAGCUAACUACAGUGCUGCAAAGAUGGGCCUGGUCGGUCUAGCAAGCACGUUGUCCAUCGAAGGUGCGAAGUACAACAUCAAAGUGAACACCAUCGUGCCGACCGCGGCGUCCCGUCUCACGGAAGACAUCCUGCCUCCAGACAUGUUCCAGGCCAUGAAGCCUGAACUCAUCGCUCCUGUUGUCGCGUACAUGUCUCACGAAUCUUUCGAAGACAGCGGCUUGAUCAUCGACUCUACACUCGGUUUUGCGACGAAGUCCCAUCUCGUGAGAUCCCAAGGAGCUCCUUUAAGGAAGAAGCCAGCAGAUCCCGUGACGAUCGAAUCGGUUAAGGAGAAAUGGGGUCAAGUUGUGAAUAUGGACAACGCUCGGCGAAUUGAUAAGAUCGCUGAGGUCACCGUUGACUUAGUUGAGAAAUUACAGGAAUUUGAAGAGCGCAGCAAGUUGGAUAGCGAUCGCGAAUCGUACUGGGCGACUUACAAAUACAAUUCCAAGGAUCUCGUCUGCUAUGCACUUGGAAUUGGAGCAUCCGUGGUGAACGAAUCAGACCUCAGGUUCCUCUAUGAGAGCCAUGAGAAUUUCAGCGCUCUACCGACCUUCUUCAUCCUACCCGGGAUGGUCAUGGAAUCGCCUGUCGUAUCUCAGGCCAUGCCCCCUGGCAAACACGCUGACUUCACCAAUAUUCUUCACGGAGAACAGUACAUCGAGUUUGUAGAUCAGUUCCCGGGCAACGAGGGAGAGUUCACCAUCCGGAACUACGUCAUCGAUGUGCUCGAUAAGGGCUCCAGCGCCGUGGCUAUCGUCAACAGCGAGGUGUUCCAGGACCGGCAGCUGGUGCUGCGCACGCAGCAGCACAUCUUCGUGCUGGGGCAGGGCGGGUUCGGCGGUCCGCGGAACAGCUCCCGUGCCGUGCCCGUGCAGAGCCCGCCAACACGCGCGCCCGACGCCAUCGUACAGCAGCGAACGGCCGAAGACCAGGCUGCGCUCUACAGAUUGUCUGGAGACUUGAACCCACUCCACAUUGACCCUAAUGUGGCUACAGCUAGUGGACACCCAAAGCCGAUUCUUCACGGCCUGGCGUCUCUUGGAUUCUCCGCGAGACACGUUCUAGCUAAAUAUGCUGGAAAUGACCCCUCAAACUUCAAGGCGAUAAAGGCACGCUUCGCUAAGCCAGUACUCCCAGGGCAAACCCUCAUCACAGAAAUGUGGUUAGAAGGAAAGCGCGUACACUUCCAGACCAAGCUUAAGGAGACGGGCAAUGUUGUUAUUGCAGGAGCCUAUGUAGACCUGAAGAAUGUUGUCAUGGGUGGUAACUCAUCAUCUCCUACCACACAAUCAGCUCUAUCAUCUAGCAACUUCAAAAGUGACUCUUUGUUUGCUAAAAUUGAAGAUGGUAUCAAGGCUAACCCAGACAAAGCGAAGAGCGUGGGUGCUGUGUUCUUGUACAAUAUUACAGAGAAUGGCAAGACUGUGAAGCAAUGGACACUUGAUUUGAAAUCAGGUUUGACUGUCUAUCAAGGAGAACCAAAGACAGGGAAAGCUGACACAACAAUGACAGUAUCAGAUAAUGAUCUAAUGGAUAUUGCAGCUGGUACACUCAGCCCACAAGUUGCCUAUUUGAAGGGAAAAAUUAAGAUUGCUGGCAACAUUAUGUUGGCUCAGAAAUUGGGACCUCUUUUGAAGAGUGGAGCUAAAUUAUAAAAAAUCAAUAAAGUUUAUUCAUAUAUAAAUAUGUAUUGGUAUGGAUAUAUUUUAUUUAAGAUGGGUUUUAUAAAUAUAAUAUAAAUUGUUUUUAUAUUAUUGAAAUUCUAUUAUAGUUAUAAUGAUAAGAAGCUAUUGUCAUAAAUUAUUUACCAGAAAAAAUAUUUUACGUAAAAUUUGUUUAUUUAAAAUAAAUCCACAUCAUUCCUUUAAUGUUGUAGACUACAAAUUCUGUAGGAAAGAGCAAAAUUAUUCGUACCAUAGCAUAUUUAAAAAAAAAAUCAGAAAUAAAUUAUUACAAAAAUAUAAAUAUAAUUUAUUUUAAGAGAUAUUAUAUUUGAAAUAAGAUAAUGUUAUCUUUAUAUAAUUGUUAUUCAUUCCAGACAAUGCUAGGAUUAAGGUGAUGGAAUAAUAAAAUGUGUUUCAUAA